AUGUGGGGACGCGGAGGCGCCGGUAACAUCCAGCAGGCCGUCGAGGCCAGCAAGCAACGAGCACCGGAGACCCAAGACCUCGAAGCCGCCAACCCACCCAUCUCGCCGGACGACACCACCACGGCUCACUCGCCGCCUCCGCAAGAAUACGCCCACAUGGGCCGCGGCGGCGCGGGCAACUACUACUCGCCCAGCACCCUGACGACGACGGGCACCUUCGUCAACGACGCCGGCGCCAGCACCACCAACCCCGCCGCUUCGACCGCCGAGCCGCCGCCCGCCCCGCUCUCCAACCUCGACUCCAGCUCCAACUGGUGGAACACGGCGUCGGCGCCCCGUCCCCAAAACACCACCGGUGAUGGUGGUCAGCAGCAACAGCAACAGCAAGCCACGACCGUCGAGACGCCCGUCGCCCGCACCGGCCGUGGUGGCGCUGGCAACUACGUCUGGGGCUCCGACGUGAGCGAGCGCCGCGCUGAGCAGAUCAGGCGCGAGUGGGGAGAGCUGCGUGAGCGCGAGCGCGGCGUCAAGCAGAAGGUGGCAGAGGUCGUCGAGAGCGCGCUGCCCCCGCCGCCGGCGGCGUUUUUGGGGAGCAGUGGCGCCGGCAGUGGCGCCAAGUAG